AUGUACAAUAACUUCUUCGAACCCCUUUUUGAGAAAACUGAUGUUAACAUUAUCAGUAAUAAAGUAAUUAAACUUUAGAUAUUUAGAUUUUAUUUGAUAUUGGUGAGUAUAUUGGAGAGCAAUCAGAUGAAAAUUUCAAGAAUCUCUAGAGUACUCUAACAUUGUUGAAUUAUUGCCUAGACAUCAAGCCACUUGCCUAGGAAUUAUUCAAUAACUAAAAUUUAAAAACUAAGUUAGAAUUAGCCAAGGUUAGGAUACCUCAAUUAGAUUAAAUAAUUAAAUAGAUUUUAGAUAAGAUAUAAUUAAAUGAUUAAGAAGAGCAUUCAAAAUUUGACAUGUCUAUAAUAACAAAAAUAAUUGAUCUUAAAAAUGAAUACUUAUAAUAAUAUUUGAGGAUCUUCAGAAUUUACAUUCUCUAUAAUGAUUAAUUGCAAUAAGUAUUAAGUUUGGAUGAUGAAGCAACAGAGAUUUAAUUAACUGAUUGGUUAUAACAAAUGAUCACAAUAUUGGGCUAAUCAAAUUAGGAGAAUAGGGACAGAAUUUUGGAUAUUAUAACUUAUUUAAUUAGACAAUAAUUAGAAUUGAUUAAGUUAUUGUUUAAGUUGAAUAUUUUACCAACAAUAUUGUCAUUUUUGGAACAAGGGUAAUCAAUUAUCAGAUGUCUUGUUUUAUUAAGAGAUAUGCUCGAAUAUAAUUAGUUGUUUCUCUACUAAAUUAAUAAUUAAGAAAUUAUAGAAUAAAUGAAAGAUCUUGCUUCUAAAAAAUAGGAUUAGAAAUCUAUUUUAAUAUUAAUUUCUUAGAUUUUAAAUGCUCUUAAUUACUAAACUGAAUAAGAGUAAAUAGCAUUUCAAGUUAAUGAAGAUUCAAAUUCUGAAGAUAUCACCUAAACGAUUGAGUAAAUAUCUCUUCGAGCAAUAUGUGGUCAACUUUAAUACAGUAGUUAAUUAUUUGAAUAAUUAUUAUUUGCAAUGUAGAACAUCACUUUAAGUGAGCAAACUCUUCUUUCAUUGAAUUAUAUCUUUGAAAAAAUGAUUCAUGAGUUAAAUCAAACUUAAGUAAAGCUUUUAGUAAAUGUAAUUGUGAGUUUAUUAACCUAAAAAUUAGAAUCCUAAUUACAUAUUACAUAAAAAGUGUAUUUAGUAUACAUACAUUUAUUAGUUGAAAUAAAUUAAUAAUUUAGAUCAUUCAUUUAGAUUGAAUAAAUUCAGAUUUUGAAAUAAUAUCAUUCAGAUGAUGUUAAAAUAAUGAGGUAAAUGUAUUUAAUUAUCAUUUAGAUAACUAGAUGAAAUAUCUCGGUUUAACAAUAAAGUUUACAAAAAAUUCAAGGAUUCAAGUUUAAUUUAAUAAUCAGGAUUUAUGACAUCCUCUAUAAGAUAAUCAAUAAAAAGUUAAGACUCUUAAUCAUCUGAAGGAAAGGAUAUUGAAACUGUUUUAGAUUAAAUCAUUUAUGUUAACUUAAAGUAAGGAAAAUUAGAAAAAAUAAUAUCUUGUUUAUCUGACAUUUAUUAAAUAACUAAGGAUAACCCAGAAAUCCUUUAUAAAUAUCAAAAUGAUAUAAUAGAGCUUUACUUAUAAUAUCCAACCAUUAAAAUUAUAUAAAAUUACACAAGAAUGAUACUGUCUUAAUUGGAUUAUAAAUCCUUGAUUUUUAAUUUUUUUGAAGAUAUGGAAUAGUAUGACACCCAACAAUAAUUAAAAUUUUUGGCUGCCUUCUCAUUAUUUUAAUAAUAAUUUGAAUAAUAUCAUAAAACAAUUAUGAAAUAAAUCACAAAUUGGAUUUUGAUAAGAAUUGAUUAAAGCCAUAUUAAAUCGUUAUUGGUGAUUUGUCUCAAUUUGAAUCUUAAUUAAAGACAACUAACAAAUUAUUUUUUGAAAUAAUUAAAUAAAUAUGAGGAUAUUCAACUCGAUAUCCUUCUUUAUUCAGUUUUAGCAAACUAAUAAAAAAUUAUGGAAAAUGAAUUAUUAAUUCAACUUAUCCAACAAUAUGAACAGAAUGUUCGUUAUGAUAUUUCCAUUGAGAAUAUUUCAUCAGGGAAUUUACUCAGAUAUAAAAGCCUGGGUGAAUUAGUUACAAUAACAAAAGAUUUUGAAUUGAUUAAGUAGUUUAAUAAAUCCUUUAAUAUUGAUGUUUAGGAGAUCACUUAUGUGUAAUGCUUAAUUCUAUGUGAUUAAUUGCAUUUCUAAUUGGGAUUGAAUACAUUAAAUGAAUAGUAGCUUCUAGAAGUUAUAGGUGAAACAAAAUUGAUAUAAUUAUUAGAAAAGAUCUUAUAAGAAAAUUAAUAGGAAAAUAAUUAUGAAGUCACUUUACAAUCAAAAUUAUUGUAAUUUUUCUUAUAGUAGUCUUUUGAAGAUAUUGAAAUACUUAUAAAAUAAGAGAUUUUAAAACCCUAAUUGCAAGAGAAAUAAUUCAUUUAGCAAUUUUAGCAAAGUUUUGUUUAAUAACUCCAAAGAAUAUUGAAUUAAAAAUAAUUAAAGGACGAAUAAUUAACAUUAAAAUAUUUAGCCAUACUAUCAACCAUAGCUGAAUAAAAUGAUCUAUUACAGAAUCUUGAUUUCAAAUCUUUAAUCUAAAUUCUGCAAAAACUACUGGUUUACCUAAAAGAUGAAAAUAUCUCUAUUUAAUUGUUUGAGACAAUCCUUAAUUUAUUCAAAAAUUUAUUUUAAUGGAAUAAAGCAAAAACCUAUUAUAAAGUUACUUUUUUAAAAGAAAAUAUUUUUUUAGAUUUUGGAUUGAAGUAUCAUUAACAUAAGGAAGUUAUCAAAUAAAUUUUAGUGUUAUUAGUAGGAUAGGAAUAAUAUGAACAAUAAUAUGCUCAAAAAUUAUAAUAGACCAAGCCAAAAUAAGUAGAAAAUUAAGUAAAAGAAGAGUAAAAUUUAUUUUAAGAUCUAGCAAGUUAAUAUAUCAAUGAUAUUCUCUCUCAAACAAUUACUAAAUAAAAUUAAGAGUUAGAAAUAUAAUAAAAAGAAGUAGAAAGUUAAAAUUAAUAAUAAUAAUAAUAACAAUAAUAAUAACAAUAAUAAUAAUAAAAAUAAUAAAAAAAAUCAUCAUCAUCAAGUAGCUCAAGUUCUAAAUCUUCGGAGGAUGAAAAGAAAGUAAAUUAAAUUGAGGCAGCUAUAGUUUUCAACGAAGAAAAAGCUGAAAUAAAAGUGGAAAUAGAAUAGAAAAGAAAUUCUAGUAGUUCAUCAAGCAAAUCUUAAGGUGAGUAAAUUAAGACAAAUUUUGUGAUUGAUAAGAAAUUUGAAGAAGAUUAGUUUCAUGCAUAAGUUCAUUAGGAAGUUAAAGUAGAAUAAUAGAACUCAGAUAGUUCAUCAAGUUCUGAAGAAUUAAAUAGAAAACAGAAAAUCGUUGUUGCUGCUGCAGUUCAUCAUAAAAUAAAGGAAAAAAGAAAAAAUAAAAGUAGUUCAUCAUCAUCAUCGAAAUCAAGCUCAAAGGAGGAAAAAUAACUAGAAUUUAAAUUAUAAGCAAAUGAAAAUCAAUUUAAAGUUGAAAUCGCAAAUGAGGAGACUCAUGUUUAAGCUACUUUAGAAAUACCAAAAAUAUAGGAAAUUGUUUAAGUUGAACAGGAGAAAGAAGAGAAUGAGGAAUCUCAAUAACCUAGUUAUUUAAAAUAGAUGAUGGCAUAAUAAGAAGAAGUGUCAAGAAUUUAAGAUAAAUAAGUUGAUACUAAAUUAAAAUUAAAGUAACUUAAAGAAAAGAAAUAACAAUUAGAACAAGCUCGAUUAAAAAAAUAAGAAGAAGAUAGGAUCAAAUUAGAAUUAGAAGAGAAAAAUAAAUAAGAUGAAUUAGAAAAAUAAAGAUUAUAGUAACUUGAAAAAAUAAGAUUAGAGUAAGAGGAAUAAAUAAGAUUAGAGUAAGAGGAAUAAAUAAGAUUAGAGUAGGAGGAAUAAUUAAGAUAAUAAUAGAUUCAAAAGAUAGCAUUAGAAUAAGAAGAGAAAAUAAGGUAGGAGAAAGAGGAAUUGUUAAGAAUUGCUCUUUUUGAAAGACUCAAGAGGGAAGAAGAAGAAAGAUAGAGAGAAAUUGAAAGAUAAGAAUAAGAAGAAAGAGAAAGAUAAGAGGAGCUUAUUAGAAUUUAAAAAUUGGAAUAAAUAAGAUUAUAAUAAGAAGAAAUUGAAAGAAAGAAGAAAGAGGAAUAAGAAUUGUAUAACAAAUAAUAAAGAGAAUUAGAAAUAAAAAGAGAGGCUGAAUAAGCAAGAGAAUAAGCAUAAUUGAAAUUAGAUAUUAAAGUUGAAAAUCAAGGAGAUCAAUAAUCUGGUAGAAUUGGUUUUGAAAUUAAUGAGAAUAAAUAUUCAACUUAAGCCUAAGUAUCAAGCAAUCCAGAAUAAUCUAAAAAUACCCUAUCUUAUUAUUAUGGAUUACCACCUUCAAAUGAUUAAGAGCCUCCUUAAUUACGUUAAGAAGAUCUACGCUUAAAGGCAUCAAUUAUGACUUAAUAAAAUUAUGGGUAACAAUCAAAUUCCGAAUUUCAAAUAUCCUAUUAAGGAGUAUAAUUAGAUUAAUAAAUAAAUUUUGAGAAACAAGAAUUAUAAAUUAAUUAUGAUCCAGGCAAUAUAUUAUUUCCUUAAAAUGAAUAAAAAAUACUAGAAAUAAAGGAUGACGAGUUAUUAUUAUCCUCUUAGUUGAUAAAAUAGGCAGCAUUAAAAUCAGAAAGAAAAAAUGAAUAUUACCAACCUUAAAUAAAUACAAUAAGUUUUGUUUAAAAAUAAGAAUAAAGUAGCGAUGCAAAUCAAGAAAUGCCUGUCAUAAAUUAUCAAAUUAAUAUUAAAGAACCUAAUUAUGAUGAAUAAUAAAAUCAACAUAUAACCUAAGCUAUUCAUUAAGAAAUUCUACCAUAAUAAUUUUAAUAAUAAGAAAAUAUUUAGCAAUAAUAUAAUGAAAAACCAUAAGCUAAUUAAGAAUUGAGUAAUUUAGAAAUAAAUUAAGAUUAAUUUAAGGUUCAAAUUCAAGAAAACCCAUAGUAUACUAUUUCAACCAACAUAGAAUAACAGCAAAUAAAUAAUUAAGAAGUAGAAAAACAGGUCUUGGUAGCAACAUCAAUUGUAACUCAUGAAAUAAAUAAAUAAGCAGAAGAAGAAGUCUAAAUCAACAAAGAUAAAAAGCGAAGUUCAAGCAGUUCGAGUAGCUCCUCAUCUUCUUCAGAUAAAAAAAAAGAUGAUAAACAUAAAGAAAAAAAGCAUAUUGGUAUGGAAGUAGGUAAGACACUUGUUGAAGCAAAGAUAAUAGAAUCGGGUAUUAAGGCAGAAUAAUAAAAGUAAAAGGAAUAAGAUGAGAAGUAAAAAAAAGCAGAACAAAAACAGAAAAUAGAGGCUGAGAAAAAACAGAAAGAAAUUCUUAAAGCAUAAAAAUUGGAGGAAGAAAAAUAAAGAAAGGAGGCUGAAAAACUUCAAAAAUAAGAAAUUGAGAAGUAAAAAAAGGAAGCAGAGAAAUAAAAGAAAUUAGAAGCAGAGAGAUUGAAAAAAGAGGCUGAAUAAAAGAAGAAAGAGGAUGAAAGAUUAAAAAAAGAAGCAGAAAAAUAAAAGAAAGAAGCCGAGAAGUUAAAGAAAGAAUAGGAUAAAUAAAUUAAAAAGGAAGUUCAAAAAGAAGUUGUUAAGGAUUUAAUAAUAUUAGAUGCUGCAAAGAACAUUCAUUAAGAAAAGAAAGAAGAAGAAAUGGAUUCUAAAACAAAGCUUAAAAUGCUGAAAGAGUAAAAGAAAAUUGAAGAAGAAAAAACUAAAUAAGAAGAAUUGAAAUAAGAAAGACUUGUAUAAUUAGAAAGUUCAUUAAUUGUUGCUGAAGCUUAACAUUAACAUUAGCAUUAAGCUAAGAAGUAAAAAUCCUCUUCUUCAUCCUCCUCAUCUCAAGAAUAGUCUCAUGAUAUCAAGAAAUAAGAAAAGCAUAAUGUGCAAAUUGAAGUUGUUAAGAACGAUUAAGAUAACUAAAUUAGCUCAAACGUUCUGAAAUUUGAAAUUACAUAAAAUUCUAUUGAUGAUUCAUAAAAAAAUCAAUCAACUAUAGAAUUUAAGGUAAAUUAAUCGAUCCAAAGAGAUAAUUAAGAUAAUUAAAAUAAUUAACAAUUUUAAUAGGAAUUUAUUAUACAUACUUAAUAGAACACUAAUAAAGUAGAAAUCCAAUAGUAAAAUUAAUAAUUGAAAACCUAAAAUAUUAGGUCUAGCUCAUCAUCAUCUUCAUCAUCCUCUGAUAAAUAAGCUAAAAAAUCUAAAAAAAUUGAAACUGUUAUUGUUGCAUCUCAAGUUCAAAAAAGAAUUCAUGAAUAAGAUGAUUCAAACAAUACAAAUGAUAUCUAAAGAGGAAAUCAAUAGAUACAAAUAAAUAAUAAUUAUAGAGAACCUCUAGUAUAAGGUGUGAAUGAGAUUGAACAUUAAAAUCAAUAAUAAGAAUUUAUACAAGUAUCAAUUAAAUAGUAACCGAGUUAAUAAUCAUAAGAACGUGAAUUUUAGGUAUAAUAAGAACAAAAACCUUAAACUUAAGAUUAACACAAAGUUGAAAUGUUAAUAGGGUCUGCAAUUAUUGCUAAUAAAAUAGAAGAUUAGAGGAAAGAAGAAAAAGAUAAUAAAAAAAAUCAGAAUAAGUAAUUUGAGGUUUCAAUGUAAUCAGAAUAUAAUGUUCCAAGUAAAAAUGACUUUUAAGUUGAAGCAAAUCUACAAUAGAAAAGUAAACAGAAAGUUUAAAAUUAUAAACCUAAAUCAUCAAACUCUUCAUCGUCAUCUUCAAGUGAUGAUGAAAAAUAAAAUAUCCAGAAGAAAAAGGAAAAAAAUGUCAAAGCAGUAAUAACUGAGGCAAUAAUUUAAGAAAAAUAGAAAACAAAUUACAAUUAACCAUAAUAAUAGCCUAUUAUUUAAGAAUAAGAAAAUGAUUAGUUAAAGAAUUAAUUUUAAAUGUAAUAAGAAGAAGCAUCUUAAAGUAUAAAUAGACAAGAAAACUAUGUAUUUGAAUUAGCAAAUGCUAAUACAGUUUAUAAUUAACCAGAAAAUGCAAACACUGAAUUUUAAUCUCAAUAAGAAGUUAGUACCUUUUAUUAAUUUGAAAGCCAAAGGAAUAAUAAUUUAUAAUAGUUUGAAGAAUAGCAACCAAUAAUUACUUUACAAACUGAGUAAAUAUAGGAUAGUUAAAGAACAGCAGCAUUUAAUAUAGAAUUUUAAGAACCAAAUCAAUAGAUAGAAGUAGAAUAUGUAGUAUAGGAAAAACAAGGAGAGUUUUAAGAAGUUAAAAAUGAAAUGAUAGAACUAAAUAGCUAGCAAACAGCUGAUAUCCAAUCAUUUUAAGAAAACCAAUAAAUUUAAGAAUAACUAGAGCAAAGAGCUCAAUAAAGGAAUGAAUCCGAAGUUAAUUAUUACAGUAGCUAAGUGGUGGAAAACGAUCAAAUUUUGUUAAAUUAGUAACCAAUUUUAUAAAAUUAAUAACCAAAUGUUGGGAGAUGGUAAAUAAGUGCCAUAGCUGAUCUUCUGUAGGCUUUAUAAUUAAUUAUGCAAAAUGAGUAAAAUUAAAGUCGACUUCCAGGAGUCCUCAAAUAAUUUAGAUAAUUAAUUUAGAGUGAAAAAGAUGCCAAGGAUUGUCAUUAACUAGAUAUUACUAAUUAACUCUUAUUUAUUUAUUCACAAUCAAGUUAUUAAGCUUAUUAAAUAGAUGUAGAAGAAAGUUUAUUGGCAAUUUUGUAAUAUCACUCAAUUUUAAAUGAUUAUGAAACAUUAAUAAAAUGGUCAGAUUUAUAAAUAGCAAGGGUCAGCAUAAAUUUAGUUAGAAUUUUAAUUAAAGCAAAAGAAACUAAAUUUAUGAGAAAUAGAAUGAUUAAUCAAAAAGAUAUCAUUAUUCUUGUGAACUAUUUAGAAGAUUGCUGGGAUGAAGAAUUAGUAUCUGUAAUUUUAACAUGUUUAGAAGGGUAUUGUUACAAUUCAAAGUGUGCAUAAUUACUCUAUCAGUAUGAAGUUAUAAAUCAUAUUAAAAAGUGGAUUUAAAGAUUGCAGAGGGAAUGCUAUUUACUUAUUGGUUCUUUGUGUUUAUACAACUUUGCAUAAAAAGACUUAAAUGAUCAAUCCAUAUAAUUAAUUAUCAAUAAAUCAAUCAAUGAUUAAAAUAUCGAAAUUAAAUAGAAUGCUUAUUAUGCUCUAUCAUGCUUAUGCUAUUAAAACAAGGAAGUUUAGUAACAAUUAGUAGAUUCAGAUUUAUUGUUUAUCAUUUUAAUUGACUUAGAAUAAAAGUCUGAGCCAAAGUUAAUUGAAGUCACAGCUUAAUUAUUAACAAAUGUCCUAUAUAAGAUGGAAUAGUAGAAAGUUGAAUCUAGAAUUUUAAUUUCUUUAUUGAUAAGACAAUUAUAGACAUAAAAUACUCCCAACACCUUAAAAUGGAUUCUAAGAUGCUUAUAAUCUUUAUGUCUUCUUAGAUCAAAUUCAUUAAUAUCAAUAUCAGAAUCAAUAUUUGAUAUACUAAAGAAACUGCAAUAAAACAAGGCAUUAUUGAGAGACCUCUUGUAAUUGUAUUCAACAUAUUCUGCCUAAUAACUAUUACCUUCUGAAUAAGUAACUGUUAUUAAACAAAUAAUAUAAAAUAAUAAGGAUGACUCUGUGAUUAUUGAAAAGAGUAUCACUGUAUUAAGCUUAUCAGUAAAAUAAUAUUCGAAAAAGAUCUGUACUUUAGAUAACUUAUAAAUAUUCACUUAACUGAUAGAAUAGUAUAAAUAAAAUGAGAAAGUCAUCAGUUUAAUCUUAACUCUAAUAUAAAAUUUAGCUUGUGAUAAAGAUAAUCAUUCUACAAUAAAUAAAAGUGUUGUGUAUAAUGCGCUUGAAUUUUUCUAAGAUAAUCAACAGAUUAAUUAUUUUUCUUAGAAAAUCAAAACUAUAAUUUCAAAUUAAUAAGUUUAACCUGAAUAGAUUUAGGUUUAGAUGAAAUAAAUAAUUCUAGAUAACCCUGCAGAUAAAUUAGCAAGAGGAUUUCCACUAUUAGUUUUUACUUCAAAUUCUGAUACUAAAACAGGAUAUUUAAAGGUAUUGCCUUCAAAUGAGCUUUUCUUUUAAGAGAACUCUGGAGACAUUAAGGAAAAAUUUAGGAUAAGGUAGGUAAUUGAUAUGAACUUUAAACCAAACUCAAAUUCUGGUGAAUAUAGAUUAUACCAAGGGUCUAGAUUUUUCAACAAAGAUCUAUUCUUUACAAUAAGGGGGAAGUAUAACAACAAAUUCAACACCAUAUCAGGUCAAGCUCUGUUAAUCGAAUAAAAAUAAGAACUUGUAUCAAUUUUAGAAAUUUUAUAUGAUAAAGUAUCUUGA